AUGACCAACCUGACUGUCCCCUGCCAGCUCUACAGCCCUACACUAUAUCUGUUACCAAUGACCAACCUGACUGUCCCCUGCCAGCUCUACAGCCCUACACUAUAUCUGUUACCAAUGACCAACCUGACUGUCCCCAGUCUCGGUGGCAGUACGUCUUGACAGUCUCAGUGGCAGUACGUCUUGACGGUCUCAGUGGCAGUACGUCUUGACAGUCUCAGUGGUAGUACGUCUUGACAGUCUCAGUGGCAGUACGUCUUGACAGUCUCAGUGGCAGUACGUCUUGACAGUCAGUGGCAGUACGUCUUGACGGUCUCUGUGGCAGUACGUCUUGACAGUCAGUGGCAGUACGUCUUGACAGUCUCAGUGGCAGUACGUCUUGACGGUCUCAGUGGCAGUACGUCUUGACAGUCUCAGUGGCAGUACGUCUUGACAGUCAGUGGCAGUACGUCUUGACGGUCUCUGUGGCAGUACGUCUUGACAGUCAGUGGCAGUACGUCUUGACAGUCAGUGGCAGUACGUCUUGACGGUCUCUGUGGCAGUACGUCUUGACGGUCUCUGUGGCAGUACGUCUUGACAGUCAGUGGCAGUACGUCUUGACAGUCUCAGUGGCAGUACGUCUUGACGGUCUGUGGCAGUACGUCUUGACAGUCUGUGGCAGUACGUCUUGACGGUCUGUGGCAGUACGUCUUGACGGUCUCAGUGGCAGUACGUCUUGACAGUCUGUGGCAGUACGUCUUGACAGUCUGUGGCAGUACGUCUUGACAGUCUCAGUGGCAGUACGUCUUGACAGUCUCAGUGGCAGUACGUCUUGACAGUCUCAGUGGCAGUACGUCUUGACAGUCUGUGGCAGUACGUCUUGACAGUAUGUGGCAGUACGUCUUGACGGUCUCAGUGGCAGUACGUCUUGACAGUCUGUGGCAGUACGUCUUGACGGUCUCAGUGGUAGUACGUCUUGACGGUCUCAGUGGUAGUACGUCUUGACAGUCAGUGGCAGUACGUCUUGACGGUCUCAGUGGCAGUACGUCUUGACAGUCUGUGGCAGUACGUCUUGACAGUCUGUGGCAGUACGUCUUGACGGUCUGUGGCAGUACGUCUUGACGGUCUCAGUGGCAGUACGUCUUGACAGUCUGUGGCAGUACGUCUUGACGGUCUCAGUGGCAGUACGUCUUGACAGUCUGUGGCAGUACGUCUUGACGGUCUCAGUGGCAGUACGUCUUGACGGUCUCAGUGGCAGUACGUCUUGACAGUCUCAGUGGCAGUACGUCUUGACAGUCUCAGUGGCAGUACGUCCCCCAACACAACACUACGACUUAAUUCCUCCCUGCUUCUGCUCCCUCAUAGAUGAUGAUGUGUAUACUGUAGUGCUAUUUGUUGUCUUAUGUAGCCUACCCCUGGCUGUACAAUCAGUUUCUCUGUGUUUUGAAUAUAAUAUGACUUGUUCCGGUCAUCACCAACAACGACUUUCUCUCUGGCUGCGUUCAGACAGGCAGCCCAAUUCUCAUCUUCUUCUUUUGACCAAUCACAUCGGCUCUUUUCAGAGCUGAAAAUAUCACAAUUGGGCUGCCUGUCUAAACGUAGCCCAGGCGUCUGCUUAAUGAUUCAAAUGUAGCCUAAAUGUAGCGUGUCUGUGCUGCAGGUGUGGUGGAGGGGAACGUGGCGGCGGUCGAGGCCUACAAGUCCUCCGGCGGUGACAUCGCCCGUCAGAUGACGUCGGACGAGGUCCGUCUCCUGAACCGUCCCUCUGCCUUCGGCGACGGCUUGACCCUGGUCCACCUGGCCAUCCGCUUCCAAAGACAGGACAUGCUGGCUGGCCUCCUCACUGAGGUAAAGCGACAUUUAAAUACAUAAUAGACCAGGGGCGAAUGCCAAGACCCUGAUCAUUUUCCCCACAUGGACCGACUAGCUAUUUAGAACAGUACCAAUUGUCCUAAUGGCUCAAACGUAAUGUGAUUACAAGUCAGGGAAACAAAAAAAAUCAGACUGUACUCAUUCAUCACAAAUCAGACAUCUUGAAAUCCAUCCUUAUGUUUUCCAGGAAGAGGGUUGAAGGGAACGCUUUCAGUUUUCACCACAGUGCGACUGACAGGAGAUUAAAAGGUGUAAAAUCUUAAAUGCACAGCAGUGCCCAUAUAACAAGGCUUGACAUUCAUUUUAUUUUGCAAGUAGGACAGAAUAUUUUACUCCAAAUGCUCAAGUCAGUUUGUUGAAGAUAAAUGUCUCUUAACAUCAUGUUUCCAUCAUUGUAAUGAUGCAAGGAAGUACUUUACAAAAUGAAAUGCGUUACUGUCUUUAUCACCACCAGAAUGUUGCCUGCACUCUGCCUAUUGGCUUCUGAUGCAUAAUCAAGCCUGUCUCAAAAUACACCUGGAGGAUUGGUAGCCUAUGAAAUACUGCAACAUUACAAUUACAACCAAAUACUUUUUAUGUCUUUUUAUAAAAGAAUUCCCUCCAGGGCUCGAAAUUUAAUGGUGGCCUGUCGUCCCUGGGACGACAUAAAAUAUAUACGGUUCAAAACAGACUCUGGGACAGUUCUGGGACCACAUCCAAAAUUCAUACAACCACCACACAUAUAUAUAUAUAUAUAUAUAUUUUUUAAAGCAAUGAGACUGACGCAACGUAUCAGACCGUUUUAGCUUAAAAUGUUGCAAAAGUUUUUUUUAUAUAUUUUUUUCUUCAAAUCAUAAGCUCAACAAUACGCACAUGGCUGUAGGCUAUGCGCGAAUGUUCCAAAAUGCAAUUAGCGGGAACAUUGUUCUCAAUGCGUGAGCGGUUUCAUGUGACGGAGAUGAAAAUAUCUGUUCGAAAUUAAGAAAGGGGAGAUCUAAAGGUGCGUGAACUAGCAUGGGUCACUAAUGGGACUAGGAUUAUGCCUUUGGCUGCUGGACCAUAAAACAACGUUGAUUUGAAAACCAAUAGAACAUGAGAAAUGCUGGUUUCAAUGGCAUAUUCGACUAGGUGAAAAAUCUGUCGUUGUGCCCUUGAGCAAGGCACUUAACCCUAAUUGCUCCUGUAAGUCGCUCUGGAUAAGAGCGUCUGCUAAAUGACUAAAAUGUAAAUGUUUAUUAAAUAAUUGCUUCAACAUUUCUAUGGUCGUAUUUUGACUAGGCUACUUUGAAACAAAGUAAGACAUGCUUCAUAAAAUGACAUACACUACCGCUCAAAAGUUUGGGGUCACUUUAGAAAUGUCCUUGUUUUCCAUGAAAACAUACAUGAAAUGAGUUUGAGUAGGAAAUAUAGCAAAAUGAAUAGGAAAUGUAGUCAUCGACAAGGUUAGAAAUAAGGAUUUUUAAUUGAAGUAAUAAUUGUGUCCUUCAAACUUUGCUUUCGUCAAAGAAUCCUCCAUUUGGAGCAAUUACAGCCUUGCAGACCUUUUGGCAUUCUAGUUGUCAAUUUGUUGAGGUAAUCUGAAGAGAUUUCACCCCAUGCUUCCUGAAGCACCUCCCACAAGUUGGAUUGGCUUGAUUGGCACUUCCUACGUACCAUACGGUCAAGCUGCUCCCACAACAGCUCAAUAGGGUUGAGAUCCGGUGACUGUGCUGGCCACUCCAUUAUAGACAGAAUACCAGCCCGACUGCUUCUUCCCUAAAUAGUUAUUGCAUAGUUUUGGAGCUGUGCUUUGGGUCAUUGUCCCGUUGUAGGAGCCCAGUUCACAUCACACGUGUUGCGUCAUGUGUAAGAACAGCCCUUAGCCAUUGGCCAGAUACCACCACCCCCUCGGGCCUUAUUGUUUAAGUAUAGGAUAUGACAGGAUUAACUUUAAUGUCCCGAGGGGUCAAUUGUCUUAGACGCAGUACUGCUGUAUACAAAAGAGACACGGGUCAUUACACACUCAACAUAAUACGUACACUGCACAUUACCCCUGUCAUAGGCUAUUUAAUGUGCUGGAGGACAAUGUACAGACUGAAUUUAAUUUCAGGUUCAGGACAGUGUAUACCAUGAAUCUAAUUGCAGUGGAAUAUUUUUGGACAAUGAGGCUUUCUUUGGUUAAAAAUAAAACUUGUAUGCAUUCACUAACUGUAAGUCGCUCUGGAUAAGAGCGUCUGCUAAAUGACUAAAAUGUAAAUGUACAGUGGGGAGAACAAGUAUUUGAUACACUGCCAAAUUUUGCAGGUUUUCCUACUUACAAAGCAUGUAGAGGUCUGUCAUUUUUAUCAUGGGUACACUUCAACUGUGAGAGACGGAAUGUAGAACAAAAAUCCAGAAAAUCACAUUGUAUGAUUUUAAAGUAAUUAAUUUGCAUUUUAUUGCAUGACAUAAGUAUUUGAUCACCUACCAACCAGUAAGAAUUCCGGCUCUCACAGACCUAUUCGUUUUUCUUUUAAGAAGCCCUCCUGUUCUCCACUCAUUACCUGUAUUAACUGCACCUGUUUGAACUCGUUACCUGUAUAAAAGACACCUGUCCACACACUCAAUCAAACAGACGCCAACCUCUCCACAAUGGCCAAGACCAGAGAGCUGUGUAAGGACAUCAGGGAUAAAAUUGUAGACUUGCACAAGGCUGGGAUGGGCUACAAGACAAUAGGCAAGCAGCUUGGUGAGAAGGCAACAACUGUUGGCGCAAUUAUUAGAAAAUGAAAGAAGUUUAAGAUGACGGUCAAUCACCCUCAGUCUGGGGCUCCAUGCAAGAUCUCACCUCGUGGGGCAUCAAUGAUCAUGAGGAAGGUGAGGGAUCAGCCCAGAACUACACGGCAGGACCUGGUCAAUGACCUGAAGAGAGCUGGGACCACAGUCUCAAAGAAAACCAUUAGUAACACACUACGCCGUCAUGGAUUAAAAUCCUGCAGCGCACGCAAGGUCACCCUGCUCAAGCCAGCGCAUGUCCAGGCCCGUCUGAAGUUUGCCAAUGACCAUCUGGAUGAUCCAGAGGAGGAAGGUCAUGUGGUCUGAUGAGACAAAAAUAGAGCUUUUUGGUCUAAACUCCACUCGCCGUGUUUGGAGGAAGAAGAAGGAUGAGUACAACCCCAAGAACACCAUCCCAACUGUGAAGCAUGGAGGUGGAAACAUCAUUCUUUGGGGAUGCUUUUCUGCAAAGGGGACAGGACGACUGCACCGUAUUGAGGGGAGGAUGGAUGGGGCCAUGUAUCGCGAGAUCUUGGCCAACAACCUCCUUCCCUCAGUAAGAGCAUUGAAGAUGGGUCGUGGCUGGGUCUUCCAGCAUGACAACGACCCGAAACACACAGCCAGGGCAACUAAGGAGUGGCUCCGUAAGAAGCAUCUCAAGGUCCUGGAGUGGCCUAGCCAGUCUCCAGACCUGAACCCAAUAGAAAAUCUUUGGAGGGAGCUGAAAGUCCGUAUUGCCCAGCGACAGCCCCGAAACCUGAAGGAUCUGGAGAAGGUCUGUAUGGAGGAGUGGGCCAAAAUCCCUGCUGCAGUGUGUGCAAACCUGGUCAAGACCUACAGGAAACGUAUGAUCUCUGUAAUUGCAAACAAAGGUUUCUGUACCAAAUAUUAAGUUCUGCUUUUCUGAUGUAUCAAAUACUUAUGUCAUGCAAUAAAAUGCUAAUUAAUUACUUAAAAAUCAUUCAAUGUGAUUUUCUGGAUUUUUGUUUUAGAUUCCGUCUCUCACAGUUGAAUUGUACCUAUGAUUAAAAAAUGACAGACCUCUACAUGCUUUGUAAGUAGGAAAACCUGCAAAAAUCGGCAGUGUAUCAAAUACUUGUUCUCCCCACUGUAUCUCCUGUAGCAAGUCUAUUACUCUCAACUUGAAUUCCUUUAACUGGAUAAAACCGUCAAAAUUCAAAAUUCUGUAGGUUAUUCCAGGAGCAGCAGUGUGCCAGAAAAUGAAAAAGGUUUCUUGUCAUAAUGAGUCUCUCCUCCCCUCCCUCCGUCCCCCCCGUGCAGGUGUCCCAGCAGGCAGCGAAGUGUAUCCCUGCCAUGGUGUGUGGCGAGCUGACGGAACAGAUCCGCAGGGAGAUCGCUGCCUCUCUGCACCGACGCAAAGGAGACUUCAACUGUUACUUCCUCUCUGACCUGGUCACCUUCACACUGCCCGCAGGUGACCCACCUGCCCUGUCUCUACCGCACACCGAGCCGUUUGUCCUCCGUCCGUCGUUCCUCGGCGAUGAUGAAUUGACGGUCAACACAAAGCCGUAGGCCAAGUGUCAGAGGGGAGAUUGUUCAUCGUGAUAAAAAUGUGCAAAAAGGACGGAAAUGUUUGAUCCAGUUUCUAGUUGUUCUGUAUAUAAAAUACAUUUGUGAAGUAUGUUUAAGUGUAUGAAUAAACAUAAUGUAGGCUGUCCUUGUAGGUACAGUAGAUCGUCAUAGUGAGGGAGAGAGAGACUGCAUCCAGUCUUUUCCCGCCGGCAUAAUAUCUUCAUUGAGAUUUUAGAGACGUGCACUUAAUUGUACACACCACACACACACACACACACACAAACACACAAACACACACUGUAGAGUUCCUGGUUGUAUUCUGUUUCAGAGCAGCCUGCGAGGGUGAGAUGAAGGAUUGUGCAGGGUUCAGCAGAAGAUUUGAAUGUAUUUCUGUGCAGGCGGAGCUUGGCUUCAGGCCACUACAGUGAGAGCUCUCUGUCAAGUCGGUGUAUUCACUAUUGAGCCAGAUAAUGGCCACCAAUUGUUCUCGUCUGUGUAUGCAGUUAACCAUGCAGCUACUGUCCCUUCAGAAAGUAUUCAUACCCCCUUUGAUUUAUUCCACAUUUUUGUUGUUCCAGCCUGAAUUCAAAAUGGAUUAAAUAUUUUUUUUUUCUCUCAACCGUCUACACACAAUACUCCAUAAUGACAAAGUGAAGACAUGUUUUUUAGAAAUGUUUGCAAAAGGAUUGAAAAUAAAAUAUCUCAUUUACAUAAGUAUUCACACCCCUUUUUCUCUGACACUCCAAAUUGUGCUCAGGGUGCAUCCGAUUUCCUUUCAUCGUCCUUGACGUCACUGCAUCACUUCGUUUUGAGUCCAACUGUGGCCAAUUUUAAAAUGUUUGGACAUGAUUUAGAAAGAAACACACCUGUCUAUAUAAGGUCCCACGGUUGACAGCGGGCUGUCAACAGUCUCUACAGCACUUCAGUGGUCCUCUGUAGCUCAGCUGGUAGAGCAUGGCGCUUGUAACGCCAAGGUAGUGGGUUCGAUCCCCGGGACCACCCAUACACAAAAAAAAAAUGUAUGCACGCAUGACUGUAAGUCGCUUUGGAUAAAAGCGUCUGCUAAAUGGCAUAUUAUUAUUAUUAUUAUUAUACUUCACCAAUCUGGGCUUUAUGGGAGAGUGGCCAGACGGAAGCCACUCCUGAGAAAAAAGCACAUGACAGCACGCCUGGAGUUUGCAAAAAGGCAUGUGAAAGACUGAGAGCAUAAGGCAAAAUAUUCUGUGGUCUGAUGAGACAAAUUGAAACAUUUUUGGCCUGAAUGCAAAGCGUUAUGUCUGGAGAAAACCAGGCACAGCUCAUCACCCGUCUAACACCAUCCCUACCGUGAAGCAUGGUGGUGGCAGCAUCAUGGUAUAGUGGUGUGUGAAAACGUUUGAAAACGAGAUAUUUCAGUAUUUCAUUUUCAGUAAAUUAGUAAAAAUGUCUAAAAACACGUUUUCACUUUGUCAUUAUGGGGUGUUGUGUGUGUGUGUAGAUGGGUGAUUUAAUUUGUUAUUUCAUCCAUUUUGAAUUCAGGCUGUAACACAACAAAAUGUGGAAUAAGUCGAGGGGUAUGAAUACUUUCGGUGUGUGUGUGUGUGAAGAGCAUUUUUACUGUUCAGUCACUGUUGGUAAAAUGUAGACCAUUUUAUGGAGCGGCAUUACAAGCAUGUAUUUUCUCAGUUCUGCUAUUCUCACCAUGUUCUGCUAUUCUCACGUAAUUCCUCGCUAUCUCUCGUCGUGUGUGUUCCUGCAGACAUAGAAGACCUGCCCACUGCAGUCCAGGAGAAGCUGUUUGACGAGGUGUUAGAUCGAGACGUACAGAAAGGUAAAAAGAUCUCAAGAGGAUUCUUGAUAUCUCCUGGAUAUUUCUGAAUAUCUCCGUCAACCCCAUGCCGGGAUACACACUGUAUGUUGUAGAUUUACCAUUAGAAUCAAAUAUGUGUUAGAUAUGAGGUGUGUGUGUGUGAACCUUUUGCGUCUGUCUCUCAGAUGACCAGAUAAAGUGA